AAUCAACAGUACCAAUAUUGGAAAUAACAGAUGAUUCCUAUGUCAAACCUCCUCCGGGCGUGGACCAGAACUUAACAAUCUUCAUCGGAAUUAUGACCAUUUAUGAGAGAAUAGAGAUUAGGGAAUGCUUGCGCAAGUUGUAUACACACAAUAAUGACGCUCUGGCGCAGUAUCUCAGAGUCAAGAAAUCGCCCGUGACGAUUAGAUUUAUUGUGGGACAGCCAAAGGAUGAAUAUAAAGAUAAACUGGAGGAAGAGUCUAAAAUAUACGGGGAUAUUAUUAUUUUAAAUAACACAGAGAACAUGAAUGAAAGAAAGACGUUUGAAUAUUUCAAAUGGUUUGCUAAGCAUAGGAAAGAUAAUUAUCUAGUCAAAAUUGAGGAUAACACUUUCAUCCACCUUAUUCACUACUAUCGUGACCUUCAAGACUUACCGCGAAAACGUGCGUACUAUGGCGGUGUGUAUUUUGGCAAUGAUCUAGAUGAUGAUAGUACAUACUCGUUUAUGGGAGACAUUGUUGGUUCAGACUGGGUUAGUUUAAAUGUCAAGGGUUUUGAGGACAUGCUAGUGGGUGAUUGGAUAUGUCAUGUGGCUAGAGAGAAGAAGUACUUUGUGCACUAUGUCGGCUUUUCAAGAUGGAUGUCCAUCCGCCAAAAUCCUUUUCAUGACUUUGAUGAGGAUCUGGAUCUCCACUCCCUUAGCGAGACUAUCCUAAUCCAUGGUAUAAAAGGCAUCGAGGAAUGGAAUGCCAUGAAGGAUGUGUACACUAAAUAUGAAGAGGGAUUACCAAUGUUCAAAGUCAUUCGGAAUUCAACGGCCAAAGGCCUGGUUACAAAAAGGGAGAUUAUUCCAAAAUGCUGGGAGAAAGAACAGAUCUUGAAUAAAACGUUGAAGAAUACCUACAAUAACUGGUUCUAUGAAGCAUGGGGUUUUAAAGAAGGGAAGUGGUAUGGAUAUUAUGGGCCUGUGAAUACGAAUACUGGAUAG